GUAUUUCUUGCUCGCUCGUACCGAUCCGGAUCCAAAAGCCCCGGCAAGCAAAGCGUUUACUGGAUUCAUCGUGGAAGCGAAUAGUCCUGGAAUCCAAAUCGGCAGAAAGGAAAUGAAUAUGGGUCAGCGCUGCUCUGAUACCAGAGGUAUUGUCUUUGAAGAUGUAAGAGUUCCGAAAGAAAACGUACUAAUAGCUGAGGGAGCUGGCUUUAAAAUCGCCAUGGGAGCUUUUGAUAAGACCAGAGCGCCUGUAGCGGCUGGUGCCACCGGAUUAGCAAAAAGAGCGCUCGACGAAGCUACGAAAUACGCUCUGGAGAGAAAAACCUUUGGGAAACCAAUUGUUGAA